AUGAUGUCCAACGCACCAGAAGACUUCAGCUCCAAGUAUACAAAUGCUAAUCUAGCACCAGACUCGACACCUUACAAUUCUACUGUCUUGUGUGGCCUUGUACAGCAACUUGAAGAAGUAGAUGGCGGCAGCAUUCGCGCAGCUGCGCCUGGAAUAAUUGCUUCCAUGCUUUGUGCUCAACGCCGCGGUGACGCUGUACCCAAGUUAUUCCGCGACCUAGCCAAAGGCAAGAAUAUGGAAGAGACCAAGGCUUUGUUUGCAUCUUUCAAACUGGCACUGAAUCUGACCUGGGCCUUCACUGGCUUACCUCAACCCCUUCUUACCGACUCCGUCUGGGUCGAAAAGGGCAGGGAAACCAACAGAGCAAUAUAUCGCGCGGUAGGAAAUGCUGAAGUCGGGCGUAUGGUGGACGAGUUCUUCCCCGAAAUAUCUCAUGUCGCAAAUAUUGCCGUGUUUGGUUUCCUGAUUGGAGGCUCUGAGAAUACGCAAAGUCUUCCUCUCAGUGAAAUCACAGUCGCAGGUGCCAUCGCUGCACUAGGUGCCACCAGGCAAGCUAGGAGCCACUUCAAGGGCUCCAUGGGUUUGGGCAUUUCCGUGGCGACGGUACACGCUGUGUUGCAGGCCGCGGACCGCACCGCGGAAUGGAACAACCACAAACUUCCCGGGGCUAUCGAUGUGGCGGCAUUGGCGGACGAGGUCAAAGCUAAUUUGAAAGCCCUGGACGGCAUGUAG